UUCCGCAUUGAACCGGCCCGGGAAGUAAUAGAUGCACAAACCCGGGUUGUGGCGAAUCUCCCUGGCCGCCACUGGGGGGCGGGCGGGCAUAAUGGGUUCUGUAAUAUCAUGACGUCACUCAGCCCAAUUGUUCAAAUGUUUUACCAAUAAUAAAACAGCGGGAAACAUUAACACGACACUCCAAAAGACGAACCUUGCUGUGAUUUUGAAAAUACCAGCAACUACAAUGCUGCAUGAAUUGUACUUGAAACAGGAUUGUGUUUUUCUGUUUGGAAUCCCGAUGUGCGAGAGGGUUUGCGUUGGGUGAGGACUGAGCUCAUGUGCAAAGAGUCAAGACGCGUUGCAACUGAUAGUGUUAGCAAUAUACCCUGUGGUAGAUUCCUGGCCCAAGUCACGACGGUCGUGGCAAGAAAAUCAAUGACUUCUCGUCACUAGCUGCCCUGGACCGACUGGAGGCCUCGAGGCUGGACCCACUACCAGCUGCAUGCUGAGCGAGGAGAUUGUAACCCGCUGUUUGAUGUCAUUGCAACGCGGCAGCAAUGGGCUUCAACGGGGAGUCACUCGCCACUGAGCUGCUCAAAAUCCUGGAGGAAAAUUUCGCUCGUUUGGAUGAAGUUGGCCUUAUUCCCGGGCUGCCAUCAUCAUCAGCACCGCAAUCUGCAACUGCUAAUGACCAAUCCCUUGACCACACCUCGUCGGAAUGCUUCGUUCUCGUCGAUUCCAAACUCGGCAUUUACUCUGGCUGUGCAGCGGCGCUGUUUCCGGCACUUUACAGGAAGUUCAUGCAAUGUUGCCAAAGUCGCCGGGCGUCCCGUAAGUAGUGACCGGGAAGAAGAUGAAGGUGGGCGCGGCAAUGGUGACGGCGCUGCUGCUGCUGCUGGUGUUGCCGUCGGCAAUAGCGACGGUGAUGCUGCUGCUGGUGGUGUUGUCAUCGGUGAUUCCCUGUACCCGCUGGGCACCGUAGCGCUGUCGCGUGCCGUGGCUCUGCUUCAUGGCGAGUGCAUGACGGCGUGGAAUAUCCGAAAGCAGCUGCUACAAGAUGGCAGUGCCUGUGUAGCAUGUGAGCUCCACCUCACUAACCUUGCUCUGGACAUACGGCCCAAGAGUCCCGAAGUCUUCAUACACAAGAGAUACAUUCUGACACGAUACUUCUCAUCGUCAGGGGACCCACACACCGACAGUUAUUCUUGCCCACACCACCACCACUCUGUUGUGGAGGACGCUAAGCGGGCCAAGCAUCAUGACAGGUGCACUGCUGCCUUUUGUCUUGUGAACGAUGAGCUUCGUCUAUGCCUGCACUCGGCCGAGCGUUAUCGUCAUAACUACGCGGCGUGGCAGCACCGUGCAUGGCUGCUGCAUCGCAUACUCACCUCGUCCUCGUCCCUGUCCUCCAUCGGCUGCUGCUGCUGUUGUCCGGCCUCUGUCCUCACCAUUCUUGAUGCUGAGCUGGAGUGCGUGGAUUCGUGGACGGCUUUGAAUGUGUCUCAGCAUUCAGCAAUGAGCUAUUUGUUGCACCUUAUGCAUCUCAUCUGCCAUAUGACCAUGGUGUCUUGUCUGAGCUCUGGCAGCAUGCCACUGCCAGAUGAUCACCAGCGGAGGAGGAGGACCCAGCUGCUUUCCGGCUGGCUGCGCACUCGUCUUGAGAACUGCACUUCCCUUAUGACCAUGUACACUGAGCACGAAGCACUCUGGACGUUCCGGCGUGGAUUAGUUGGUCUAGUCCUAAGCCAUGUUCACCACCAGCUACACAACAACACUGCAACACGCGUGCAAACUGGUGGUGCCUCUGCCGGCCAUACAGUAGCAUGCCAUUCACCGGCAGCUGUGUCGAUGACGUUCGAUCAUCCCGAUGACCCGGCGAGCCGUCCCAACGACACGACCUCUGCCGCCGUUGCUUCUCCCAUGCUGUGUGCGAGUAGCACUAGCAGUGAUACGCUGCCAGGCAUCGGCGCUUUCCUGGGGGAAGUCACCUCGUCCGACUUGUGCCGUGCCCUGAACAAGACUCUGCAGUGCACAUCAAACGUUUUCAUCAGGAACGGUCCCGUCGCAAGUCGAGAUCGAGUCUGUGCUAGUCCGCAGCAGCAACAUGAGCAGCAGGAUUGUGCACUGCCCCAAAGCCCGGGCUGUACGCGCCUUGCUGCCGCCGCCUCACCACCCGCUGUACACGACGCGUCGCCGCACUCCUCCCGAAUCCAAUUGUGCAGUAGAUGCGCACAGCUAUUGCGCGACGAACAUGCUUUCGUUGUCUCCGUGCUUUCUGGGAGCAGCUCGGCGGCAUUGCCUGAUGCCCCAGCAGUGCUGUUUGCGACAAAAUAUGAAGAGUAUCUGUGUAGACUGGAAGUGGAGGGGCCUGCAUGUUAUGAUGUGCACUAGCCAUGUCAAGAGCUUGCUCAUGCUCCUCUGCCGACCGAGUGCCACGUGGACACUGGAUGUGAGUGAUGUGCCCUAGAUGUGUGCAUGUGAAAGAGAGAGAGAGAGUGUGUGCGUGUGUGUAUGUCUGGACUCGUGCCGUUAUCAUUGUUGCUACGUCGAUAUCCAGCAUUGAUGCUGCGCUGCACGCCUUGGUCAUGCUGGCAUGCCAUUGCGUUCCACUGCAAUGAUCCUACAUGUAUCACCGCAUAGGAAGCCUGCCAUGCUUGAUGAGAUCUUUCACGCUAGUGUUAUUUUAUUGAACAUCUUUCGAAAGGGAUCACAUGUACUUAGUGGUCCCUUCAUAAUCCGACACCAGUUGUGCCACAAACAUUCCGCUGAAUUAUGGGUGCUAGAUUUGGUCCCUUCAUAAUCCGACAUCAUUCGUGCCACCAACAGUCCGAUUAGGGAGGGUGCUGGAUUAUCAUGUCUGAUUCACAGUACAUUCUAGUUACUGAAAAUUCUGCUGUUGUAUUGAGUGUGCUGGAUGAA